AUGAUCAUGUUCCUGCUCUCCACAAUAACCUUCACUGCCAUUUCAUAUUUCCCAGAAGAUUUAUCCUGGCUUAUGCUUCCAGCUGUGAUACUCAACGGUGUCGGCGGCAUCACCAUCGUUUUUACUUCAUUUCAAUUCGGCAAUUUAUUUUCCGCGGCAAGAAGCACUGUUAUCGCUGUAAUGAUUGGAUCGUACAAUGCGUCGUCAUUUGUUUACACGCUGUUCUUGAACUUGUAUCGAAUGGGCGUCAGUUUUCCCGUGCUGAUGCUCGUUCACGGAGGGCUUUUAUUCAUCGCUCUUGUUGAGAGCUGGUUCAAUGUUCCAGUAAAGCCGAUUCCGACGCUAGAAGAGCAGAGGAGCAAAAAGUCUCCACCACGCACUUCUGUUCGGCGGCACACCACUGCUCUCGCUGUUCAGAAUAACGCCUUUACGAUUGAAGAAGAAAGUGAUGUCAACGAGUCGAAUGAAGGAUCAAACACGGAAGUUACUGCUCAAAAACUGAAGAUACCUGCGCCUAGACGAGAGUCCAUCUUUGCUGCGGCGGAGCAAAACCCACCGAGUUUUUUGGCAGUGAUUAUUUCUUGGCCCUGUCUUCUCUCAUUGUUGACGAUGUGCAUCACUCAACUCCGAAUCGUCAUGUUCAUCGGACAACUUGCUCUUUUCCUUAGAUCGUCUCCUGACUUUACGGACGAAACUCCAGUCGUCGACCGAGAAGACAAAGUGACGUUUUACGUUACGAUUUUUGGCUGGAUGCAGCUUUUCUGUCUCCUCGUUGCUCCUGUCAUCGGAAACGUCCUCGACAAGAAUCUGGAAAUCUGCCGGGACGAUCCAAUCGCCGGCGUCAGAAGCAGAGAUUCCAACUCGACCCAAGCGUUCAGAAGAGUCCAGGCGUUGCGCAACACCAGGAACGCCUAUCUCAUCACAGAGGCGUGCCUCCUCGCGAUUGGAAUUCUGAUGGUUCUUCCCAUUCCAAUCUGGGCGCAGUACAUUACAUUUUUACUCGUCACUUGGAUUCGUACUUUUCUUCACUCUACUGCAGGUGGUCUUUAUGUGAAUGUGUUUCAUUACGCUCAUUUGGGAAAAUUAACUGGCCUGGGCUCGAUAGUUUCUGCGAUCUUUUGCCUGCUCAAUGAUCCGCUCUUCAAAAUUGUUAAUAAUAUUCUCGACCAGGAUCCUUUCUGGGUAAGUUGA